CAUUGUACAGUCCAUUUGAGAAAAAGAAAUGUAAGUAGGGGCUUCUUCUUAGCAAAUAUUUAUGUACAAAGGUACAGAGAGAGAGAGAGAAAGAUAGUUGGCUUCCGGUCUUUGACUCUUUGGGGGUUCAGUAGAUUGGCAAAUGAAUUCGACAGGGUUAUCUUCCGUUUUCUCUGGUUGCAGUGAUGCAGCUGGAAUUGCUGGGAACAUUUUCGCCUUCGUGUUAUUUUUGUCACCCAUACCAACAUUUAGGAGAAUUAUCAGAAGCCGAUCAACAGAACAGUUCUCUGGAUUGCCUUAUAUAUAUGCUCUCUUGAACUGUUUGAUCUGUCUCUGGUAUGGCAUGCCCAUCGUAUCACCUGGUAUCAUAUUGGUUGCAACAGUCAAUUCAAUUGGAGCAAUUUUCCAGUUGAUCUACAUAAGUAUCUUCAUCUGGUAUGCUGAUAAAGGUAGAAAGUUAAAGAUGUCAGGACUACUGGCUGCAGUAUUUGCAGUAUUUGCUGUGAUAGUCUUUGUGAGCGUGAAUUUUUUUUACUCUCAUGCUCGGCAGAUAUUUGUCGGAUAUUUAAGUGUUUUUUCUCUCAUUUCCAUGUUUGCAUCUCCUCUUUGUGUCAUUAAUUUGGUGAUUAAGACAAGGAGUGUUGAAUACAUGCCUUUCUAUCUCUCCCUUGCAACCUUAGUGAUGAGUGUCUCUUUCUUUUCAUAUGGAAUGUUGAAGUUUGAUCCUUUCAUUUAUGUCCCAAAUGGAAUUGGAACAAUUUUGGGUAUAUGUCAAUUGGUGUUGUACUCAUAUUAUAGCAGCAAAUAUGGCGAAGACUCGAGAGAACCCUUGUUAGCCCCAUAUGCCUGAGCACAUCAAUUGGCAAUAACUCAUGGUAAUUUUGUUUUUAUUCCCUGAGAUGCAAUUCCUGGGUAUCAAACCCACGACUCUUAACUAAGACAUAUUCUGCAAAAAUACAUGGUAAUUGCAGAGUUAGCUGCAAUUCAAGCUAAAAGAUGUGAUAGCAACUCCUGAUAAGCAUAAAUGCCUAACUGUAGCUAAUGCCAUUUAGCAGCCUAUGUCAUAUCACAUCUAUGGAAAAAAAAUGCUAUCUGUAUUUACACUAGAUUGUCUAUUUUGCAGGAGUUUGAUUCUGAUAUACUGAUUGAAAGUUGCGACAUUUCGACAGAUAAACGCUGCUGCAUGGUCAUUAAAAAAGUGGAUUAUAAAUCAUCAAUGGAUUUUAAUGAUUCUCAAGGAACUUGAUGCACUCUCAUCAAGAGAAGAAGAGAAUAAGAGGAGUGAUAGCGAGAGAAUAAAAUUUCUUGCUUGCUCCUGAGGGUUUCUGUUGAUGACUACCAAUCAUCUAUUACAGUAGUAACCUCACUGUCUAUGAUAAUGCCACGGCAAUCGACUGUGUCAAUACACCACCUUUGCCAAUUUUAUGCUUCUGCUUUGGCUUUUGUUGCAACAUUGUUGUUAACUAGCAAUCAUAUUGAUUGUUUUUUUUAUUUGUAAUUAGCAAUCCUGUUAGUUGUUUCCUACUACAGAUGUGAAGUCUGAAAAUUUAUCAGAUGUUUGAUUCCCUUCA